AAACAUACCACCAGCUUCACGCGCCCGCCAUCUUCUAGCUAAUAAACGGCCAAAAUAAAAGCGAAACCGCAGUUUAUUUCUCUCGCAGUACUCUGUCGUAUUUGCUAUUCCGAACCAUGAGUGAUAUCGAGGACGGACACUAUAAAGGACGGGUAAUUGACCGUGAAGGAUUUGAAGAGUUUAAUCCAAGAAUGAUGAAGAAAAUGUUCAAGAUAAAAGAAGGCUAAUGAAAACAUGUACAGAGCAGAACAUAGACGUGGAAAGGGAGGAAAUGUGACGGAAGAAUGGUGUCAGAUAGAAGCACUUGCAGUAUAAUGGCUAAAAUGAAACUGGUUUCAGUUUGGGGUGAAGAGAGGAAAAACUGACCCGGAAUCAGAAAAUGAGAAAACUGAAAAAAGAAGAACGAAGAAGGAUAGAAAUCCUGAGAAAAGGGAGUAGCGUGUAAAGAAUCUGGAAGAAUGAAUGUGUCCGGGUCACGCUCCCCGUCUAAAUCGCCUGGAGGGACUCCAGCUCGGGUCAAGUCGGAGAGCAGGUCCGGCUCCCCAAGCCCCGCCCGGGUCUCCAAGCGCUCUGGGUCCAGAUCCCGGUCCAGAUCCAGGUCUCAUUCCAGGCGGCACUCCAACCGCCGCUAUAGCCGCUCACGUUCUCGGUCCUAUUCCCAGCGAAAGAAGUCGCGCUCUCGUUCCUACAGUACAGAGUACCGCCGCAAGAAGAGCCAGAGCACCUCCCCUGUGUCGAGCCGGCGCCGAAACACUGGCAGCAGAAGCCAUGACUUCCCAAAAGAAGCAAGCAAUCAUGGCGCCGAUGCUGAUGUGAGGGCAAACCCUGACCCCAGCACAUGUUUGGGGGUGUUUGGCUUGAGCUUGUACACUACAGAGAGGGACCUGAGGGAGGUGUUUUCCCGCUACGGCCAUCUGGCCGGGGUCAAUGUGGUGUACGACCAGCGCACUGGACGCUCCCGUGGCUUUGCAUUUGUUUACUUCGAAAGAAUUGAUGAUUCCAAAGAGGCAAUGGAGCGUGCCAAUGGCAUGGAGCUGGAUGGGAGACGCAUCAGAGUGGAUUAUUCCAUUACUAAACGUGCUCACACCCCCACACCAGGAAUCUACAUGGGCCGACCAACUCAAGAUGGGACGUCUUCUUCGUUCCACAGCAAUGGCGGCGGCGGUGGAGGUGAGAGGAGCGGCAGCGAAAGGAGCGGAGGAGGAGGCGGUGGCGGCAGGAGGGGGAGAGACAAUCAUUAUGACCGGGGUUAUGAGCGCUACGACAGAUAUGAAGAGUAUGACUACAGGUACAGCCACAGGCGCUCCCCCUCUCCCUACUACAGUCGCUACAGGUCUCGCUCGCGGUCUCGCUCCUACAGCCCACGGCGGUACUAGGUUUCUGCUUUCGACCUUCAGCGUCCCUCCAAUAAUUGAUGAUCGGUGUGUGUGUUUCUAACGGGAACAGUUUGAAUCAGCAUGUCUAUAUCGACAGAACUCUAAAGUUUGAGAUUGUUCUUGUUUACAUGCAAUAGAUGUCUUCAUUUUUAGAUGUUUUGAUGCAUCCAUGUUGAGCGUGAGCAACAAACUCUUGCUUCAUCCUUAGACUUGCACGCUUCCUUCCCCCUUCACUUUCUGCAGCAAAGCAACCUAGUUUUCCUGUUGAGUGAUAGUCUUUAUCGUGGCUCUUGUCAUGGUGGGGAUAGUACACUGGGUUUUUGUAAAUAAUGGUGACUGAUAAUUUUACAACUUGUUGGAAGUCCAUGGAACAGUCCGUUAAGAUUGAGCUCAACGUCUCAGCACACCAAGUUGGCUGGUAAGUAGCAGGUGAUUGAAGCCAUUAGUAGUUCUUUGCGCUCAUUCAUUUUUUUUUGCCUUUUGCCUUUUUUUUUUUUUUAAGUCAAGGAAGUUAUUUGAAUUUCUCUAGUUUUAUUAUUUACUAGGUUUUUUUUAUUGUUUGUAUGAAAAUACAAAUAUAUAUGAAAACUCUAACGUUUUUUGUGGUUAAUGCACAUGAAUUGGAUGUUGAUUUUUUGACUUGGGUGGGAGGUAGUGCUUUAUGUUGAGUGGGCGAGGUGGGGAAAGCAGCUGGGAGACUUUCACGGACCAAGACAACGAGCGUGAUAAAUUUAUGUUCGCACUGAUUUAAAGUUGCUGAUCUGGAGCCACUUUCUGCAAACCACUAAACCCCAGUGAACACGUGCGAGCGGCUUCGACCAAACUUUUACUGGGUGGCUUUAGUUGCAUAAGAUACAAAGUUCACAUGUGAGAAACACGCUCUGGUUCGGCGUGCUCUUUAACUCUACGCAGUUUGUUGUGAAGCACAACAGUUAAUCUUCAUUAAAACAAAAGGUCUAGUUUGUACUUGUACACAUCAAAAGUGGCCGUAAAAUUAAAAAAACCGUUGUGCGAUACACAAUGCGCCAGGUUCAAUAAUAGACAUUUUUAGCUCUUAUUUCUUUGCAUUUAACAAGCGUGCAGAUCGUGACAACACAUGAUCAGUAUCUGUUACUUGACUAUAUUGAUUCUCGGUGGUUAAUCAACCUGAAUUGAGGACCUUGUGGUUAAUAGUCCCUGUGACGACACAGGGCCCUUCAGUUAUUUGUUCAUUCACACAAGCACACAGAUCAUUCUCAAGAUUCCCCUGGACCAAUACAAAGGUUAAAGUAUGACGUUAAGCCCACCGUGUACUAUUGACAGCUUUCAGGGUUUAAUUCAGUCUUAACUUUAUGUUCAGUGAACCUCUAUCACUGGUAUUCCCUCAGAAGUAUUUUUUUGUGUUUUUAAAAGUUAAUGGAAAAAACAGCCACUGAUUUAGUGUAGACUUCCCUCUAUAGCCCAUUUACUAAGGGUGAUGUACACACGUCUGUCUUCAUUAGGAGAGGGCUUGAUAUUAUUGUGCAUGCAUGAAGCAACAUCUCACCGACGAGUACUUUAGCUCAAACCUUCAGGUACCACACGUUGGCUUCUAGACCAGAGACAGAAGUCCACACCUACUGUACCUCACGGCAAACCAAAGAAGCGAUUUGAUUGUUGCUCUCAUGGGGACAUGCAGUGCAUCUUGUGAAUGUGUGUUCACUCCACAAGAAGAAACCAUAACAGCACAUGUCAAGAGUUGUGAUGGUAUACAUGUUUCAAAGAAAUACCACCUGAGCUCUUCAUUAUUUUACUUUAGGGUAAUCUCAAAUUUCUGAUCAUAUGUAGAUGCUUUUUGAAGGACUUGUUUUUGCUUUAAAAAAAAUGCUGUAUACUAAAAUGAUCAAUGUUUUGCAUGUGUACAGUUAUUUUCAGACAGCAUAUUCAAUCCAAAUCAAUGUAUAAUUGAUUUAAAGUUAGAGAAUACAAAUGUAUCAAUGAGAUACAUGUGUAUGCUCCAACUUUAACAUGCAUCUCAUUGCACAAUCAACAAAUCACACUCCUUAUUUUGCAAUUUACAA